AUGUCAACAGGUAUUGACUUUGGUGGCGGUCCGAAUCGCCUCUCUCGUGCCAACGGAACAGCCACGAACGGGACGACGACCAUGAAAGCUACAUCCAACGGUAAGCCCAUCAACGGCUCUUCAAGUACCCACGUUAACGGGGCCAACGGGGCCACGGGACCUGAGGACUUAACCAAUACGCCAAUCGCCAUCUGUGGCAUGGGCGUGAGACUACCCGGCGGAAUCCGAAGCUCAUCCGACCUCUUCAACUUUCUCGCAAACAAGGGAGAUGCUAGAAACAUCGUCCCUGAAGAUCGAUACAACGUUGAAGCCUACUAUGAUCCUGAUGGUAAGGCCGGCUCCGUUAUCACUAAAUAUGGAUAUUACCUAGACCUCGAUCUCGCUCAAUUUGACACCUCCAUGUUCAAUAUAUCCAACGCCGAACUUGCCUCCAUGGAUCCUAGUCAACGCCUCCUCCUCGAGGUGACGCGCGAGGCCUUCGAAAGCGCUGGCGAGGCCGACUUUCGAGGGAGGAACAUCGGCACCUUUAUUGGCGACUUCACGGAAGAUUGGCAGGACCUGCAGAACGUCGAUCUGUUGAACUUCGCGCCAUAUCAGAUGACGGGCAAGGGGGAUUUUGCCCUUGCGAACCGGCUUUCGUUUGAGUAUAAUCUAUUAGGUCCCAGCGUCACUAUCAAGACCGCCUGUUCCGCUACGGCCGAAGCAGUGCACGAGGCUGUAUUGGCCAUCCGCUCAGGCUCGUGCCCAUCAGCCAUCGUGGCCGGUGCAAAUGUCAUCAUCACGCCCCGAGCAAGCAUUGGAAUGACCGCCGUGGGUCUGCUGGCGCCCGAUGGCAAUUGUAAGACGUUUGAUGCUCGCGCCAACGGCUUCGCGCGGGGAGAGUCGGUCUGCGCCCUCUACAUUAAGCGUCUCGACGACGCCAUCCGCGACGGCAACCCCAUCCGCGCCGUCAUUCGCGCCUGUGACAGCAAUGCGGACGGGGGGGACGGUUCCAGGACCUUUGGCACUCCUAAUGCCGUCGCGCAGGAGACGUUGAUCCGCCAAACAUACGCGUCUGCAGGAUUGCCGCUUACCGAGACCAAGAUCGUUGAACUUCAUGGCACUGGAACACCAAUCGGCGAUCCGUUGGAGACGGCCGCUAUUGCCCAAUGUUUUGGUGGCGACGAAACAGUGUACAUUGGGUCUGUGAAGCCUAAUCUGGGCCAUGGAGAGGGUGGCUCCGCCAUGGCCAGCAUCAUUAAAUCAGUCGUCGCUCUAGAAAACAAGACAGUCUUGCCAAACAUCAAGUUUGAGAUCCCAAAUCCGAAGAUCCCAUGGGAACGAAAUCUCGAAGUGCCAGUGGAGCCUCUGCACUGGCCCAAAGGAACCCGUGAACGCAUGAGCAUUAACUCGUUCGGUCUGGGAGGCUCCAAUGUACAUAUCGUGCUCGACUCUGCAGCCUCAAUGGGAAUCCCAUCAUGGCACCGCGGUCAAACGCUCACCGGCAACGGUCACGCUGUACCUAAACACAAGUCGUUACUACUACUGUCGGGCAACAGCGUACCGGCCAUCACAAAAAUGGCGGCCUACUACGGACAGUACUUGGAAAGGAAUCCGGCGAAUCUCGAGGCCAUGAUCUAUACUCUUGCCUCGCGAAGAGAACGCCUAAAGCUAGCGAGUUAUUGUAUCGCAGAUGGCUUGACCGUUGGAGAGCCUGGGGCCCCGUCGGAAACCCAAGGUGCUCGUCACGUUGCAUUUGUCUUCACGGGUCAAGGCGCCCAAUGGGUUGGCAUGGGCCGCGAAAUGAUGCUGGGAAACGCAGACUUCGCUGCGAGCAUCCGGCACAUGGAUGAGGUGCUGAAGUCGCUCGAGCAUCCGCCCGAGUGGAGCCUUGAAGAGACGUUGCUUGACGACAAGGCCAACAAGAACCUGUUGAACUCGACGGACCGCUCUCAGCCCAUAUGUACUGCUGUGCAGGUUGCUUACGUUGAUGCCCUUGCUGCGUGGGACAUCAGACCAUCCGCUGUUGUCGGACACUCGAGUGGAGAGAUCGCCGCAGCCUACGCUGCUGGUGUGCUCACGAGCAGAGAGGCCAUCAUCACCGCCUACUAUCGAGGCUACGCUUGCGCGCGAAACACAGUUUCCGGCAGCAUGGCGGCUGUGGGCAUGGGGCGCGAGAAGGUUGAGCAGCAUCUGAAGCCCGGAGUCGUGCUCGCGUGCGAGAACAGCAACGCCAGCGUAACCAUCUCCGGUGACCUGAAGGGCUUGGAAGAGACCAUGGAUAGUCUGAAGCAGGCGCAUCCCGACUUGUUCGUCCGUCAGCUUCGCGUGCCGAUGGCCUACCAUUCUCACCAUAUGGGAACCGUCGCGGACCUCUACGGUUCUCUCCUUGCUCCACAUCUGGCGCCAAAGCCUCCCGGUGUGCCGUACUAUUCAGCAGUCUACGGCCGACAAGUGCUCGAAGCCAAAGACUUCGGUCCGCAGUACUGGCUGGUCAACCUGAUGAACCCCGUGCUGUUCCGCACAGCCGUAUCGCAGAUGUUGACGGAUAUGCGCAACACGGCGCACUUGGAGAUUGGUCCUCACUCCGCGCUGGCGGGUCCCCUCCGACACAUAUACAAGGAGACCGGCCACUCUGCUCCAUAUGCCUCGCUCGCCGAACGUGGCCAGGACGAUUCCCACACCUUCCUCGCGGCCAUAGGCAAGCUCUACUGCUUUGGCAUUACACCUCAAGUGCCUGUAUCAGACAACGCUUUUACUUUGCCAGACCUGCCCACCUACCCCUGGAACUAUGAGAUGCGCCACUGGGCUGAAACCCGUAUGACGGCGGGCUGGAGGUUCCGCAAGCACCGCAAGCAUGAGUUGCUAGGCCACCUCGUCCUUGAGAGCAGCGACAUUGAGCCCGCGUGGAGGAACGUUAUCAGACUCGGCGAUGUGUCGUGGCUGGCAGAUCAUUGUGUUGAAAAGGACAUUGUGUUCCCCGCAGCUGGUUACAUUACCAUGGCAGGAACGGCCGUGGCUCAGCUAACGGGAUCAACGGCCUACACGGUGCAAGAUGUCAACUUCGCGGCUGCAAUGCUCCUUGGCGAGGGCAAGGGCACCGAGAUCGUAACUACACUGCGGAAGCACUCUCUAACCGCCUCGAAGAACAGCAAGUGGUGGGAGUUUUCCAUCUCUUCCGAGAAGGACGGGACCUGGACAAAACACUGCUGGGGCUUGGUUACUGAUGGAUGUGCUGUGGCCUGUCCGACGGCCCCGGAAGUUGCACCACAUUCACGAAAGGUCGAUUCGAAACGCUGGUAUAAGGCGCUGUCGCGCAUCGGCCUCAACUACAGCAAUCGCUUCAUUGGGCUAGAAAACGUCACCGCGAGUCCCGUUAAUCAAAGUGCAUCGGUCAGCAUCACCGAUCGACAGGACGAGGGCGAGGCGUACGCCCUCCACCCAUCCACCUUAGAUAUCAUCUUACAGUCGUGGUCAGUCGCAGUCACAAAGGGCGAGUAUCGUCAGCUGGACAAACUGUUCCUCCCGACAUUCAUCGAACAAUUCUACGUCUGCGCCGAUCGCAGCCGGACAACGCUUCGUGUCCGCACCACUUCCCGCGGCUCUGCUGGAUUGACGGUGGGCGAAUCGUUUGGCGUAGGGGACGACAACGACGUGGUAUUUGUUCUCAACGGGUUCCAAAGCGCGAGAAUGGAGGGGUCGUUGACCCAGCAGGCGUCCGAACUGAAAGCCUGGUCGAUCCAAUGGCAUCCUGCUUUUAAUCUUGCCCCUCCGGAUACACUCUUGCGUCCUACACUCGGCGCGACUGCCGACAUUAAAUUCGCGGAACAAUAUGGCCUGAUGUGCGCGGUCGAGGUCCACCAUGAGGCGGCUACGGUCACGUCUCUUGCACAGCCGUUCUUCAAGCACUUUCUGGCUGGAGUGGCCAAGCAUAUGGACCAGGUCGAUCAGGGCCAGUCCAAAAUACCCGACGCCGUGGAGCUGAAGGCCCUUAGUCGAGAUGCUCGGCGGGAGAAGUUGGAUGAAUGGCGGGAGCUAAGCAGGGGCGGCGCCGUGGAGAACAUUGUUGAAGCGCUCCGGCGCGUCUAUACCAAUAUCAAGGAUCUUCUUGAAGGUCGAAAAGUUUUAUUGGACCUCCUUCUCGUCGGCGGAGUGCUGCAGAAGUUGUACGACGAAAUCAACGCCUGGUCCGAUAUUGGAGACUUCUUUCGCGUUCUGGGCCUGAACAAGCCGCAGCUUCGUGUCCUGGAAAUCGGUGCCGGCACGGGCAGCACGACUUCUAUUGUGCUAGAGGCCAUGCACUCCAGCCAUGGGGAGCGCCUAUACGAAGACUACACCAUUACCGACGUCUCGGCUGGUUUCGUCAGUCAGACCAAGGAACGCUUCAGUCGAUAUCAAAAUCUCAAGUUUGCCGUCUGUGAUAUUUCAGCGGAUCCGCUCGAACAAGGGUUCGAGGCCGCGUCUUACGAUUUGAUCGUAGCUUCUAACGUCUUACAUGCCACUCCUAACUUGGUCGACACAUUGACAAGGUGUCGAACGCUACUGAAACCGGAUGGGCAAAUAUUUUUGCAGGAAAUUUGUGCGAAUACGAGAUAUGCCGACCUUAUCAUGGGUCUCUUCGACGGGUGGUGGGCUGGAGUCGAGGAUGGCCGUGUUGACCGUCCAGUUAUUGUAGAAGAAGAAUGGGAUAUCAAACUGCGGCAGAGUGGCUUCCACGGCAUCGAGUCCGCCGUUCGUGACAGCAAGCAUCCACACCUUUUCAAUACCGCCAACAUUGUGGCAAAGGCUCGAGCUGUUGACACUUCCGAGUCUGACAACACUAGCAAGAGGAUCACUCUACUAAAGCCAAGAGCCAGAUUGAAUGAGUUUGGAAAAGGUAUCAAGAGCGUGCUCGAGGCCGCGGGAUACACAGUGGACGAGUCUGUCUGGGGGGCCAAGCUGCCAGAUGGCCAAGACAUUAUCUCGCUCAUGGACGUUGACACCGAACGCGCUCCCUUGUUAGCAGACGUUGGUGCGGAAGACCUGUCGAAUUUCAUCGACAUCGUGGGAGAUGUGUCGGGACAGGCGGUGCUUUGGCUGAUGCGGCCUGCCCAGACACAAUGCUCUGAUCCACACUACGGCCAGAUGCUGGGAGUGGCGAGAUGCAUCCGCGCCGAGCUGGCCAUUGACUUUGUCACCCUCGAGUUGGACAGGCUCGACAACGAGGUCAGCCACGUCGUGGCGCGGGUGCUGAGCGAGGUGCAACAGGCGCAGAAGAUGGCAACAGACAACAACAGUGUUGACAUAGAAUCCGAAUACGUCUGGCGGGACGGGCAGGUGCUCGUGGGCCGAAUCCAUGCGACGUCCGUCGCAAAGGCGCUGGUCGAUGCCGCUCCCCAGACGGAAGCCAAACAUCUGAUGAUACGACAGCCGGGCAUGCUGCAGUCCAUGUCUUGGACCGGCCAUCCUCUCUCACCGGUAGCUGUCAAAGACGUCCAGGUACGCAUCACGGCCGCGGGUCUGAACUUCCACGACGUUGCCGUGGCCAUGGGCAUUAUCCCCCCCGACGGGCCUAUGGAGAGCGACGGCUACCAUGGCCUCGGCGUCGAGGCUACGGGCAUUGUCACGGCCAUCGGCGCGGAUGUCAAGCACGUUGCUGUCGGCGACCGCGUCGUGUUCAUGGAGAUGCUGCUCCCUGUUUUCGCCACUGAGAUCCAGCUGCCGGCAACAUUGGUUGACCGGGCGCCUGCAAAUGUGAGCAACGAGGAUGCAGCAGCCUUGCUCAUCCCAUACGCCACCGUCCUGUGGAGUUUUGUCGAGAAGGCUCAUGUGAAGCGCGGCCAGAAACUGCUGAUCCACAGCGCAGCCGGUGGAGUGGGCAUUGCUGCUAUCCACGUCGCGCGCUGGCUGGGCGCCGACAUCUACUGCACAGUGGGCUCACAGGCCAAGGUCGACUUCCUCACCACAGAGCUCGGCGUGCCGCGAGACCGCAUCUUCCACUCCCGCGACGACAGCUUCGUUGCGGACGUAUUACGCGCCACUGAUGGGACUGGCGUCGACGUCGUCCUCAACUCGCUUUCGGGUGAGCUGCUCCAUGCCUCUUGGAAGUGCGUUGCUUCUGAGGGCUGCAUGCUUGACCUUGGAAAACGAGACUUCCUCGGCCGUGGUCGUCUAGCCAUGUAUCCAUUUGCUGACAACCGCGCCUUCUUCGGCAUCGAUUUGGCUGCCCUCAUCGUGACCCAGCCACACAAGGUCGCGCCGUUGCUGCGUCAAACCGUAGAUCUCCUCCGAGACGGCAACAUUUUCCCGUUACACCCCACUACCGUCUUCGAAGCUGACAAGAUCCAGGAUGCCUUCCGCUAUAUGCAGAAAGGCAUUCACAUCGGUCGAAUCGUCAUCAGGAUGCCUACCGACCCUGCCGCCCUUCCGCCGACUAUGCCAACCCCCAAGCCAACAUUCAGCCCUCACGGCGUCUACGUCCUAGCGGGCGGGCUUGGGGGUUUGGGCCAAUCGGUCCUUUCUUGGAUGGUGAGCCACGGUGCUCGACAUUUCAUGGUUAUUUCACCAUCUGCGGGGACCCGAGAUGAGCAUCGUCAGUUUGUCGAUGAGCUGCGCGAGCUCGGCUGCGAGUUACGCUGCUUCGCUGGCGACGUGGCCGACUUUGAUUUCGUGCGUGAGGUGGUGAUGGCCGCGGAGGGUCGCCCGAUCAAGGGCGUCCUACAGUUAGCUAUGGUGCUGCACGAUACCGGAUUUUUGAAUAUGGACCACAACGCUUGGACGGCGGCCACAGGUCCCAAGGUCCGGGGCACAUGGAAUCUGCACCAACUUCUUCCCAAAGACUUGGACUUCUUCGUCGUGUGUGGUUCGACUAGUGGGACGCUGGGUUCUUGCGGACAAGCCAACUAUGCAGCGGCAAAUACCUACCUCGACGCCUUUGUUCACUUCCGCCAUGGCCUGGGCCUUCCUGCUGCGGUCCUGGAUAUCGCUGCAGUCGAGGAUGUCGGCUAUGUCGCGUCAACCAAGAACGUCGCCGAACGCCUCGGGAGAGCCCUCUCUCGUUUCAUGAGUGAGAGAGACUUCCUUCGAUGCCUCCACCUUGCGAUUGAACGGUCAUCCAAUCAGUACAUAUUGCCCGUAGCAUCGACUUCGACCAUGGCGUACGAGGAGGCUGCACACUUGGUCCUGUACAACGAUACGACCCUCCCACUGUCGGACCCACGGAACACGACACCGUGGAGGCGCGAUCCACGCCUGUCGGUCUUCCGUAACAACCAGGGCGUGACGACACAGGGCGCUGGGAUGGGCAGCGAAGAAGGCCUUCGAAGCUUCUUGGGUUCGCUAUCGAGCGAGCCGGAGAGACUCGAUGAUCCUGCAACCGUGACAUUCUUCGCGCAGGAGAUUGCGAAGCGUAUCUUCGCGUUCCUCAUGAAGGAAGAUGUCGCCAGAGACACAUCUCAGACGCUCGUGACCAUGGGCGCAGACUCGCUUGUCGCGAUUGAGAUUCGCAAUUGGUGGAAGCAGACUCUCGGCAUCGAGAUUACGGUCCUGGAAUUGGCAGACACGAGUAACACAAUGGAGCGUCUGGGUGCACUGGCGGUUCAGCGACUCAAGGGAAAACUUGCAUCCAAGUAG